AUGGUGGAGAUACGGAUGAACAAGGAUGAAAAAUUCAUUAUUGAUAUCAAACUUUUAGAAGGAGCUUUGGCAUGGCAAUCGUCUACAGUGAUCUGGGGAGGUAAACCUGAAUCGGCUGAUCGAGCUGUUGAUGGCACGGCAGGCACGUGUGCACACACAAAUGGUAGUAACAAGAAUUACUGGGCAGUGGAAUUUGGUACACCUGGUCCCGUGAAAGAGGUUGAAAUAUACUUCCGGUAUACAUGUUGCUAUACUUGGAGGUACACCAACUUCACAGUCACUGUAUCAAACAGCCGUGAUGAUGUCCUUAGUGACAGUGGGAAGCUUUGUGGAACGUACUUUGGUCCAGCUAUUAACACAGAGCCAUUUCGCCUCGCCAUACCAUGCAUUAACACAAUCCAUGGAAGGUUCUUGAAAAUCAAACACUAUGUCGCUGAUGUUCUGAUACUGUGUGAAGUCGUAGUGAAAACUCCAUGA